GGUCGGUCUAUGAAACCACCACAGCGCACGUACGAGUUAUCCAGCCAGCUUGCCAAGUUAGCUCGCCAGUAGUCAAAAAAAGUUGCGACUUAUUCUAAAGUUAGCUUGCAAUUUGUCAAAAAAGGUGCGUUUUAUCCCGCCGUUCCGGGCUCGAUGGAUCCCAACCGAAUCAUCCAGGCUCUGAAAGGCACCAUCGACCCCAGCCUCAGGAUCGCGGCUGAGGGCGAGCUCAACCAGUCCUACAAGAUCAUCAACUUUGCGCCGACUCUGCUGCAGAUCAUUGUGUCGGAGCAGGUGGAGUUCCCUGUGCGCCAGGCAGCCGCCAUCUACCUUAAGAACAUGGUGAGCCAGUACUGGCAGGACCGGGAGCCCUCGCUGGGAGAGGUGGUGUUCCCCUUCAACAUCCAUGAGAAUGACCGCGGCCAGAUCCGCAACAACAUGGUGGAGGCCAUCAUACAGUGCCCCGAGUCCAUACGGGCCCAGCUUACAGUCUGCUUGCGUGCCAUCAUAAAGCAUGACUUCCCUGGCCGCUGGACUGGCAUCGUGGACAAGAUCAGCGUGUACCUCCAGUCCCAGAACAGUGGAAGCUGGUACGGCAGCCUGCUAGCCCUCUAUCAGCUUGUCAAGACCUACGAGUUUCGGAAGGCGGAGGAGAGGGCUCCACUGCUGGCUGCUAUGCAGCUCUUCCUUCCUCGGAUCCAGCAGCUACUGUCCCAGUUGCUGCCCGACGCCACAGUCUUCUCCGUACUCAUCCAGAAACAGAUCCUCAAGAUAUUCCAUGCACUCGUGCAGUAUUCACUGCCUCUUCAGCUCCUUAGCAACACAGUCAUGACCCAGUGGAUGGAGAUCCUCAGGGCUGUCGUGGAUCGGGAGGUCCCUCCAGAGACCCUGGAGGUGGACGAAGACGAUCGGCCAGAGUUGGUGUGGUGGAAGUGUAAGAAGUGGGCCAUGCACAUCCUCACCAGGCUCUUUGAGAGGUAUGGGAGCCCGGGCAACGUGACGAAGGAAUACUUCGAGUUUGCUGAUUUUUUCUUGAAAACAUAUGCUGUCGGAAUACAACAGGUCAUGCUGAAGGUGGUUGAGCAGCACAGGCAGAAGCUGUAUGUGAGCGCGCGGGUUCUGCAGCAGGUGCUCAGCUACCUGACUCAGUGCCUCUACCACUCCCUCACCUGGAAGGCCAUGAAGCCCCACAUGCAGACUGUAGCUCAGGACGUGGUGUUCCCUCUCAUGUGCUACAAGGACGAGGAUGAGAAGCUAUGGCAGGAGGACCCAUACGAGUACAUCCGCAUGAAAUUCAAUAUGUACGAUGACCACGUGUUCCCUGCUACGGCGGCUCAGACUCUGCUGUGCAAGGCGUCCAGGAUGAGGAGAGAGGUUCUUCCUCAGAUGAUGGAGUUCUGCCACCAGAUUUUGGUUGACCCCAACAUUGACCCCCGCAGGAAGGAUGGGGCACUGCACGUCAUUGGUGCUUUAGCUGAUCCAUUGCUGAAGAAGCGUGUAUACAGAGAUCAGAUGGAGCUUCUCUUACAGAACUAUGUGUUUCCUUUGCUCAACUCAAGCCUAGGAUACCUGCGUGCCAGGUCCUGCUGGGUUCUGCACUGCUUCAGCACUCUAAAGUUCCACAAUGAGUUGGUGCUGAGGAACGCCGUGGAGCUGGUGAAGCAGGACCUCAUCGCCGACCAGGAGAUGCCCGUCAAAGUAGAGGCAGCCAUCGCCCUGCAGACUCUGGUCAGCAACCAGGAACAAGCCAAGAUCUACAUCAGGCCCUUCAUCAGGCCCGUGAUGCAUGAAUUGUUACACGUUAUCAAAGAGACGGAGAACGACGACCUCACGAGCGUCAUCCAGAAGAUGAUCUGUGAAUACAACCAGGAAGUGGCCCUGAUAGCUGUGGACAUGACCCAGAACCUGGCGGAGAUCUUCAGUAAGGUCCUGCAGAGUGAGGAGUAUGAGGAGAGUGAGGACAAGACCGUGAUGGCACUGGGCAUCCUAAGCACCAUCGACACCAUCCUCACUGUCAUGGAGGACCACAAAGAGAUCAGCCCACAGCUGGAAGGGAUCUGCCUGCAGGUGAUCGGCCUGGUUGUACAGAAGCCCAUCAUAGGUAUGGCAGAGUUCUACGAGGAGAUUCUGUCGCUGGCGUUCGGCCUCACCUGCCAGACGAUCUCCCCUCAGAUGUGGCAGCUGCUGGGUGUGCUCUACGACGUCUUCCAGCACGACUGCUUCGACUACUUCACAGAUAUGAUGCCACUCUUGCACAAUUACGUGACCGUAGACACGGACACUCUGCUCUCCACGCCCAAGCACCUGGAGGUUAUCUACACCAUGUGUAAAAAGGUGCUAACGAGCGAUGCGGGGGAGGAUGCAGAGUGCCACGCUGCCAAGCUGCUGGAGGUCAUCAUCCUGCAGUGUCGUGGGCGGGGCAUCGACCAGUGCAUCCCCCUGUUCGUGGAGGCCGUGCUGGAGCGGUUGACGCGUGGUGUGAAGUCCACGGAGCUGCGCACCAUGUGUCUGCAGGUGGCCAUCGCCGCACUGUACUACAGCCCUGCCCUGCUCAUGCACACGCUGGAGAGCAUGCGCUUUCCGCACUGCACCGAGCCCAUCACGGCCCAGUUCAUCAACCAGUGGAUGAGCGACACCGAGUUCUUCCUCGGCCUGCACGACCGUAAGAUGUGCAUCAUCGGGCUGAGCCUCCUGAUGGAGGCGUCUGGCCGGCCGGCGGUGGUGGAGAGGGUCGCCGCUCAGAUCAUCCCCUCCAUCCUGCUCCUCUUCUUGGGCCUCAAGCACAUCUACGCUUCGCGGGUCCUCGCCAAGCCUGAGCAGCUGUCCAGGGCACAGGGCGCCGACGAGGACGAGGACGAAGAGAUCCCGAGCGAUGAAGACGAGGUCGGGGAGAAAGGUUCUGGCGUGCAGCCUGCGAGCACGCCCAGUGGGAACGACGACGAAGACGAAGAUGACGAAGAUGACGAUUACUGGGAUGAUGACGGUCUGGAGGGCACUGCACUGGAGGAGUACAGCACGCCACUAGACUACGACAACGGCGAGGACGAGUAUCUGUUCUUUUCUGCCUCACUGCUUCGGGUGCAGAGCUCUGAUGUGAACUGGUAUCAGUCACUAACGCAGUCCCUCAGUGAUGACCAGAAGAAACAGCUGCAGGAGAUUUACAGCCUGGCCCAGCAGAGGAAGAGCACUGGAGGCAAGAGCCUGUGGCCCAUUCUGCUGUUUGUGUGAGGUGGCGAAGCAGAGGAUGGAUUGUGAGUUUGGAUCAGCUACGGUUUUAACCACAGAACUGCUCCCGACUUCACCCAGACACGUCAGCCCAAGCAUGCCCAACGGAGAGCUGCCUCGGCCAGGA